AUGUAUGUUACUAAGCGUUUGUCUGAAUACCAGAGAAACCCAUCGGAGCUUACUUUGCUUCCAACGGAAGGUCCAAACUCCGGCGUGUUGGUGAUCCAAGACGAAGAAUCACAGCCCACUUGCUGCUUUGGCAAAUGCUUUGACUGUGAUCUCAAUGGCUUACCGUUUCCUCAGAACACAAAAGUCACCGUCAAAUACCAAAUCGGAACCGGAGAUGACAGAAUCGUCCUCCUUGACCCUGUUGCCUUCAUUCCUGUUCUUGAUCAGCCUCCUGCCUCCAAUCUUUACUACGUUAUCAAGCGAAGCGGCAAACACACAGGAGAAGCAUGUGUGAGUGCAAAAGAAGGAGACAGAGUUUCUUGUUGCAUGUGCUUUACAUUUGUCUCUAACGCUGAGCCAAAGCCUCUAGAUCCUUUCGACGUAUACCAACAGUUUGAGAUUCAUCGAAGAGGAUCAUCAACUCAAAAGUUCUUUGCUACAUCUGUUGCUUCAGAUGGAAUACCACCACGGUUCUUGAGGAGGAAAGGCUGGGCGGUUUCUUUCUCGUCUUCACAAGACUUUGGUUUGGUUGAUGAUGCAAAGGGCAUAGUAGACGCAAAGCUUCGUUACGAGCUUCCUGGUUUAGAUAAGAGCGUUGACGUUGGGAAAUGGUAUGUUCCGUUCUUAUUUGUGAAAGAAGGAGUUGAUGCAAAAGAUCAGAUGAAGAGAUCGAUGUAUUACAGCAUGACACUACACCAAAGGUUUGAAGAGGUUUUCUUCUGCGAGAACGUUGAUGAUAAACAGUUUGAGGUUGUGGUUGAUGUGGAGGUGGAAACAGAAGUGGUUAAGCUUGAAGGAGAGAAGAUUGCGAGGGAGAAUAAAGGUGUGGAUUCAGAUGGAGUUGUCUGGUUUAGUACUGUCUCAGGGACUGGUCAGGAGAAAGUAGGUCUUGGUUCUGUUGUCUUGGAGAGGAUGAAAUGGGAAGAGGAGAGGUUUGGUUGGUCGAAGAUGAGCUCUAACAUUAAGAGAUCAGAGAGAUUCGAAGGCGGUUCCUCGCACUGGAAGAGCUAUCGAUGUUAUGUAUUGGUGGAGAGCUUUGUGUUGAAGAGAAUUGAUGAGAGUUUGGUGUUGACGUAUGAGUUUAAGCAUGUUGAUAAACUGAAGAGCAAGUGGGAUUGA